UGUACUGGACACUAAAUACAGAGUGAAAGGAAAAUACCUCUCAGCUGGAAACAGAGGAACAGAUAAUACUGAAGAAAAGCGAGAUCCAGAUUUUUUUUACCAGAGCCAUUUAUUAGACUGAAGAGACCAGCUGCCAAUCCAAGGAUCAGUCUGUGGGUGAGCAUGAUGUCAUUUGUGCCACAGGGCCUCUCCCCACCUCCUUGUGGAACCCAGUACCCUAGCCUCGAACAGGAGCCUCCAGAGUUCAGCCUGUACAGCGACAACUUCUACAGCCCUCCAACCCUGCCUAGCCCGCAGCAGGCCACCCCUACUUCCUACGACCUGGGAGACUACACCAGCCCUCCUUCCAACCCUUACUUGUGGUUCAACGGCCCAGAGCUCAACAGUGUCCCCUACCUAGGUGGGCCCACAGGGCCAGUCUGUGGGCCCUAUGUGCCCCAACUCUACAACAUGCAGAGGCCCUAUCUGGGUGCUGGCGCCCCYAGGGGUGGUGUAGGGGACCUGAGCUGGUUCUCCAUGCCCUCUCAGGAGGAGCUGAUGAAGCUAGCCAGGCCACCCUACUCCUACUCUGCCCUUAUUGCCAUGGCGAUCCACGGGGGCCAAGACAGACGGCUCACCCUGAGCCAGAUCUACCAAUAUGUAGCAGACAACUUCCCCUUCUACAACAAGAGCAAGGCCGGCUGGCAGAACUCUAUCCGCCACAACCUCUCCCUCAACGACUGCUUCAAGAAGGUGCCCCGAGAUGAGGAUGAUCCAGGCAAGGGUAACUACUGGACCCUAGACCCCAACUGUGAGAAGAUGUUUGACAACGGCAACUUCCGUCGCAAGAGGAAGAGAAAGUCGGACUCCCUGCCUGGUGAGGGGGGCUCCUCAGGUUCUGAGUCGUUAGAGUCCAGCCCCAAACACCACAACAACAUGAAUGACGUUUCCAGCUCCUCUGAGCGCGGCCCCUCCCCCAUCUCCUCAGCCCCCUCCCUCUGCCUGAACAGCUUCCUGUCUCAGAUGGCUGAAGUGGGGACGGUAUCAAACACAGUAGUGUCAGAUACCCUCCACAGACCUAGCCUGGCUACAGAGCUGUCCCAACGCGUCUCUCCGGCCCAGAGAUACGGCUCCUACUCGCCCAAUGCUGCGAUGCCUCAGUGGGAGGUCUGUAUGUCCCAUCCACAGCAGCCUACCAUUUCCUCCUCUCCUCCCCUCUACCCUGCGGGCUACAGUGACUCUGUCCUCACCCAGCUCAACAGCCAACUAUACCCAGCCCUGGACUCUGCCUCAAUGCUUUACCCACGGGAAGGCACAGAGGUGUAAGGCACAACUGAUAGAUCUACUGGGUCGUUCCACCAAUUAGGUGCCUUCGAGUACUUUAAUUUGCRGAUUUAAAAACAAAAAAAUUCACCUACUUUUAACAUUCUUUCAUAAAGAGCACUGGUUCAACUUAAUAAAAAACACCCUUUCCCAUCUCAAGAAGUUAAAUAACUAAAAUACUAUAGUAAGUGCCUGUUAAG